CAACGCGGUCUCCGAGGCAUCGCGCUGGGCGCGCGACAGCGGUCAAAAGGGCAGCCGUUCGCCGCACGAGCGCAUACGCCGUCGCGCAGCCGUUGCAAAGCUGCCCGAAGGGCUGCGGUCGCACCGACCCAGAGCCAAGGGCAGAGCAAUAUGAGCAACAUCGUGCAAGCGCUCCGCAAGGGCUACCUCGGCGCGGGCCGCUGCGACACGGACGGCAGGAGGGAGGCCGACCUCGAGGAUGUCGCCUGGGACCGGAGCCGCUCGACGAUGACGCGGACGCCGGGCACUGCCACAAAAAGGAUGUGGGACGCGCCACCUCCAGCAAAGCCGCAGCCGGCCUUCACGCCGCCUGCCGGUGCCCAGACUUUGCUGAACGAGUGCGAGAAGGCCCAGGAUGCGGUUGGUUUGAAGGAUGCCUUGAAAGUGCUCGCUGGAGCGUGGUCAGACGUCCAGGGGCCCUGGAUGCCGCAGCUCGCCGAAGCCGUCAUGGACAAGUGUCCUCGCGACAGGUUGGAGGCCGCGGCUAAAUUAUUGGAGGAUGGCCUGGCUUCUACGAUCGCUAAAAGAGCUUUAGUGGUAGAAAAAGUACCUUACCGGGAUCCGCCGGACAAGGCCGACUUUUGGCAUAUUGAAGAUGGCGCGAUCAUUGGGGAGUCGUAUCAUGACGCGCGCGGCGACAAGAUGAUGCGCGAGUCUGCCACACGCGAAGCGAGUGCGCGACGAUUGGCCAAGCGGUUGGCGGGUGACCGACUGCUCAACAAGCCACCGCGGGAGUUCCACGGACGAACUUUAAGUGAUAAAGCCCCCCUCAAGAGGUUUCCCCAUACCGAUAUUUGGACCAAAAAUCGCGCCGUACCCUGGCACUCCGACGACCUUCGCGGGCGAGAUGUGUUCAAGGGUUAUGUAUCGGCCCAUACGUUUAGUACGGGACGGUGCUGCUGGGACCCGAACAAGAUGCCCAUCGUGACGCCCGGUCCUACCACCAGUGAUGACUUCGUGCAGCCCCACGGGAACUUCAUGGGCGAGGACGUCAAAGGUUUACCAUUUAGUAGGAUGACGGACCGCGGUCCCGGGAUGCCCGGUCCUACGAGAUGUAUCUCCAAACCCGGAGUCAUGUUCAAAAAACCAAAAAAGCAACCUUCCACCUAUACGCAUAGUCUGUUCGGCAAGACGAUGUCCUUCACGGACUUUGAGCCGUCUUUUUGCGAUAGUACGCACACCGACCACGAGAUCAAAAUCGCUCGAGCCUUCGCUCCUGUUGUGAAGGUCCAACCCCCGACGCCCGGCAAGGCACUCAUAACGAUGAAAAAGACCGACGCGAAGUACCUGGCGAAGGUCCCGAAUCAAGUCGAUUUUCCUUUUAGACCUGCAAAAGCGGGCCAACAACGGUUCCUGACGGAUGAGCGCGUGACGAUCUUUGCUCUUCCCGAUGAAAAAUGUGGAGCGCAAGCGAAGGAGCCGGGUCUGGGGCUGCAUCGACCGAUCAAGGACAUUGUCAGUCCGGGUCCCGUGUAUGACUUACGAGUACACUAUCCGGGACGAGGGCCCGCGCGCAUGGAGGCCCAGAAGUAUACCCGUCAGAGAGCUUCGGAAAUACGAGAAGCAAGGAGCACGUCGCUGGAGCGAGCUUCUUUGGCAACGGUGUCGGAGGUCAUGGACGAUAGCACUGCAAAUGCUAUCGCACGGGUCAAAGCUCGCAAGGACGUGAAAGCCAAGGCCGUGGGUGCAUCUGCGACCUUCGCCACGGCGAUUCGGGGCGAGAACGCGACGUAUGAUAGCAUCUGCGGUGGAACGUUCAUGCCGCCGUCCUUCACGCCGUCGCCUCUGCACGUCACGGCGCCGAACCCCGCGGACCUGAACGCGAACCCGCGGCACGCCGGGCCCUAUCAAGUGAAGCCGUGCGCCGUGAACAUGGCGGACACGUAUGUGCCGUGGGCCUACGCGCACGGCCGGAAACCCGGCGCGAGCGUGUUCGCGAUGACGGGGCGGGAGGGUAAGUACUAGAAAGUGUC